CAUCCUUACAAUUCUAGAGCCAUUACACUUCACAUCCUCACAAUUCUAGAGCCAUUACACUUCACAUCCUUACAAUCAUAUAGCCAUUACACUUCACAUCCUUACAAUUCUAGAGCCAUUACACUUCACAUCCUUACAAUUCUAGAGUCAUUAUACUCCACAUCCUUACAAUUCUAG